AUGACCUCGGGGCAGAAACGCAACUUCAAACAACUGGAAUGUGUCCUAGACGGUGCCAAGUCCACUGCUCGUGUCUCCAUCACGUUCAGCGUCGAGAAUGUCAAUGGCACGACUGCUUUUUACGUUCUUUCACUUAUGAUCAAUUUACAAAGACCAGUUUAUUUCUACAGAUACAUGAUUAACACUGGAUCUAUACUCUCGCUCCUUGCAAGGAACCUCGUGAAGCAGACGGGCGCGACGCUGAGCACCCAGGAGGAGGCGCUGAAGGCGGCGAAGGUGGUGGUGGUCGCCGUCGGGAGGGACCACUACGACUACCUGCCCAUCUCCCUCCUCAGGAACAAGGUCCUCAUCGACGUGUCCAACAACACGGAGAAACGCAGAGGCCCUCAUUACCGCAGCAACGCCGAGUACCUGCAGGGCCUGGUACCGGAGGCCAAAGUGGUCAAGGGCUUCAACGUGCUGUCGGCCUAUGCGCUCGAGAACGGCGGACUCCAGGGCAGUAAAGAGGUCUUCAUCGCCGGCGACAAUGGCGAGGCGAAGGCGAGCGUGGCGGAGGUGGCUCGCGUGAUGGGCUUCCACCCGGUCGACUGGGGCAGCCUGCAGGCCUCCAGGGACAUCGAGGACGUGCCCCUCAAGUUCAUGCCCUCGUGGAAGCGCCCUGUGGCUGUCGUCUUCGGCCUCUUCGUGUUCCUGUGGCUCCUUGCCUUCCUGUCGUUCCAGAUCUGUUUCAACCUGUACCUUGGCGGGUGGGAAUGGGGCUGGAAACAUCUUGGAAUGCAAAACUUCAACCGAGUAAUUGCCAUUCUUGCGCUGUGGACUCUUUCCUUCUGCUACAUUCCAGGUCUGUUAGCAGCGUACAUCCAGCUGUGGCGCGGAACGAAGUACAGCCGCUUCCCCAAGUGGCUCGACGACUGGCUCAAGAUGAGGAAGCAACUGGGCCUCAUCAUGCUCGGGUUGGCUGGCAUUCACGCUUGCAUCUCUGUGGCUUACAUCACGCCCAAGACGACCGAGUGGGUGUACGAGGAACCCACCAAGAUCAAGGCGCUGGUGGAGAUCAGCAAGAACACGACGGAGACGAAGACGCUCAAGCUGUACGACUCGGAAUUCAACUGGCGGGGGGAGCUCUUCCUUACGAUGGGAGCCAUCUCGACGUGCCUGCUGGUGGUCCUGGGCAUCUCCUCGCUGCCGUCCGUGACCGCCACCCUCUCCUGGCGCGAGUUCACCUUCAUCCAGAGCAAGCUGGGCUGGGUGGCGCUCGUCGCCGCCUGCGCCCACGACAUCUUCCUCGCCUGGAACUACAUGUUCCUCUACUGGGGCUGCUUCAACACCCUGCCCAUCGGGCCGCAGUAUGCAUUAUACCCAGCAUUCAUCGCAAUCAUCAUGAAGAUCCCGCUGCUGCUGCCACCUGUUGACAACUACCUACAGAAAAUCCGGAAGGGAUACGAGCGCAACAGUAAAUACGAAUCGGGCAAGGCUGAAGUAGCAUAAGCGUGGCGGCGGCAUUUUAGGUGCUCUUGUGUUGUAAAUUGUGAAUCUCUCUUUCGUGUGAUGUGUAUCCCUUUUUCUCGUGGAUACUGUAUAGAGACUACUGGUUUUUCGUGCAUAAACUUUUAUCGCAGGUUUCAGCACGUGGUAUAUUUUCUCACGUGCUCCAAAAGGCUGCGAGAGUGAAAUUAAUGGAAGCUGGCAAUUCAGUUGUAAUAUGAUAAUGUUCUACACAUUUGGUUUUACAUUAUUGGUGUAUGCUGAUAUCUUCACUUAAGUAUGUAGUAGAAUAUGCACUAAUGUGUGAUGUAUGGGAAGACACUUCAACGAAACUGAAGUGUAGAAUUUAAAAUAAAAGUAUUUUUGGUACUUUCAACUGUGCUAUAUUUAUGUGACAUAAAAUAAUACGAAGAAAUAUCACAUUACUCUUGUCUCUAAAUGAACAGAAUAUUAUUUUUACUGAUUAUUGUGCCAUUUUACAUGUGCACAGCUUGAGGGAUUACUUGCCAACAAUCCGGCUACAUUUUAGACAAGUAUGUGAUUUGUUUCGAGAAGUAAACGUGCGGAAUUCCUGUCCAACAUAUUGCGAAUGGAACAGUGAUGUGAUGAACAUAUUCGCGUGUUUUCUUCUUCCUUUCGUUGUUCCAUUUGCAAAUCGGAAAGCAAAGUAAUUGUCUUGUAUAACAGGCAAAUAUUAUGUGGACCGUCAAAGGUUUCACUUUUACUGCAUGGUGUGUCUACCACAAUGCACGAUUUUUGAAGGAUCUCUAAAAAAGAUAUUUUACGAUAUACGGCAUUACUUUCUGAAAGUGUGUAUCAAAUAUUUUCUUCAUUGUUAUUGUAUCUGACAUUUUUGUGCAAUAUAUUUAUGUACAGUAGACUUCAUUUUAGAUGCGGUCGGUUCCAGAUGAUAUUGAUCUUACCCCCCUGUACUAAAAUAUUAAUGGAUUUUGCAUCUUCGCGUUAAAAAAAAAAUGAAUAAUGCAUUUCUCGAAUUGUUUCUUGCACCGUGAAAAUGCAUAUUCAUUUUGAUUUUAUUUGUGAAUAUUUGUUCAUGUUAUUACGACUGAUUGUAUAUGUUCCUAAGUACUGACUGCGGUUUAUGGGAGCCAAGUUAUGACGACUUUUCAAUAGUUAUGCAUUAUAUAAGCUGGAAACCUAGUUUAAUGGAGUAUUUAGCUCCAAGAACCAUUUCAAAGAUCUAGUUGAUUGUGUACAAGUGAUGGUACAACCAGUUUUCAAUGUGCAAUCCUGGAACACUUGUGCAACCAUUAGAUACAAGGAGUCGAGUUUCAUUUCCUUGUAGACGGAUGUGUGUUCAGAAAAUAAAUGCUUAUCCAAGGCAUACUCA